AUGAGGUGGCUGUCAACCAGCAAUGUCUUGAGUAGGUUUGUUAAUCUGUUAGAGCCUAAGGUUACUUUUCUUCAAGAAAAGAAAAGAUCCUAUCCUCAACUGGAAAAUGAUGAAUGGAUGCAAGAUCUGAUGUUCGUUACUGAUAUAAUGAAUCAUCUACAAAUUCUUAACUUGGCACUCCGGAGGAAGAAGAUUGUUUCUGAUCUUACUCAGACAAUGUUCAGCUAUCAGAAUAAAACAAGAGUUUUCCAAAGAAACAUAUUGUCAAGAAACUUCAGUCACUUUCCCAAUUUCAGAAGGAGAGUAAAUACAUUCGCUGAUAUUGAAAUAAAAGACCACAAACUGGAAGAAUACAAAAAUAUAUUACAAGAACUGCUUGAUAAUUUCCUCGCCAGGUUUGAUGAACAGCGAAAGCUGAAGUCCUGCUUCGCCUUUCUCGAACCUCUGGUUACGAAAUCAUCUGCUGUGGAAAUGGAAUUAAUGGAAUUACAGGAGGAUCUGGGUUUAAAGAUGAUCCAUAAAUACCAGUCUACAAUGGAGUUCUGA